AAGCCCUCUCUAAAAUAUAGAUUUUCUAAUACUUUUCAUUUAGAUAUAUUUUUGUACAAUUUUCUGACAUGAAUGGAAAUUAAUUUAAGCAACACUACUAAUAUUGCAGCUUACAUAAAAAAUGUGACACCAUUGCAGGUGUUAGCUCUCUUAAAACACCAAAGUGGACACCAAGAAAAAACGAACAUUCUUUCAGAUAUCUGGAAGGAGAGUUGGAGUAUGUACAUACAGGAUAAAGACUUGCUACCCGUUAUGGCCACAAUGAUAGCAGCGGCAACGUUCCAAGCCGGAUUGAAUCCUCCCUCAACUAUCUGGGAAAAUGGAGUCCAUCUUGAUAACAAAUGCAUUAUUACUACUCUAAAUUACCGACACACCGGGGGAUCUUUUUGGGUUAAAAUCGUGCCCAGCUUCAAGAUUCUAUGGUUUCAUGCUGUGCAAUACGCUUGCCUUUGCUGCCUCCAUCGUCCUCAUCCCAUUUCGCCAGGAUACAAGGAUGGCACCACCUCUGACAAAGAUUUCCCUUUUCUUCUUGCUUUUUACUUAACUUACCUUUCUAGGCACCAUUUCUCCUAGCGUAUCUUUCUUCGGUUUUAUCUAUGUUGUAAUGGCACUUAGCAUUUUUCUUCUCUUUUACAAACCAUUUAAAAUUAUCUUUAUUCGUCUCUUUAGCAAACGAAGCCGAAGAACCAACUUACAGGAUGAUGCAAGUUCAGAAAGGCUGUAGCAUGCGUCAGUUGUAAUAGCAGAAGUAAAGAUAUAUACUUCUACUUAUCAUAUGGAGUGCACCUCUGUUGUAAUAAAUUUAGUUUUGUUGU